CGUGAACACGGAAGGAAAAAAGAAAGCGCAGGCAGUAGGACAGGUAGAUGGUGGAGGUGAUAUUACUACAGAGGAGAAAUGGCAAAAUGAGGAGUUGGCUUUAACCUAUCGCCGCUCAAGCAGAAUGAGUCACUUUACCAGUAUCGGGUCCUGAUGAACUUGCUGGACUGCCCCUUGGGGAAUGGGCCACCAGAAUGUAUCACAUCCCUAUCUCCUCCUUGUGCCUUUGCUGUUAUAUCACUUUUAUCGUCUUCCACUCUCCCCCAACACAUGCUGCCUGCUCUCUGCACAACAUGGAGGAUGUCGGUUCUGGAGAUGAGCUGACCUGGGCUGUGCAUUUGGACUCCAGUGCCUGCGAGAAAAGGGAGGAGAUGGACACCUUGGCAGAUGAACUUUCCAAAGCCACAGGGCUAGAGAACCGAGGUGUUAUAGGGGAGCUAAAGGACCAUUACCUGUUUGCCUACAGGGGAAGUACUCCGUGCCAAGAGGAUGCUCGUAGAAAAGCCCAUGCACUUUUUACACAACAUGAAAGCGUGAAAUGGUAUUCAGAGCAAAAACUACUGAAGAGAUCCAAAAGGAGUUUGCACUUUAAUGACCCAAAGUAUCCACAGCAAUGGCACUUGCACAAUGCCCGGAAUCCUGGAAUGGACAUAAAUGUUACCGGGGUGUGGGAGAGGAAUGUGACUGGUCGUGGAGUCACUGUGGUGGUUGUAGAUGAUGGAGUGCAACACACUAUCCAAGACAUCCAGCCAAAUUACAGCCCUGAGGGGAGUUAUGAUUUAAACUCUAAUGACCCAGAUCCAAUGCCACACCCUGAUGGUGGCAGUGACAACCGCCAUGGGACUCGAUGUGCUGGGGAAAUUGCUGCUGUUUCCAAUAAUAGUUUCUGUGCCGUUGGCGUGGCCUUUGGCAGCCGGAUUGCAGGAAUCCGUGUCCUUGAUGGGCCUCUCACAGACAGCAUGGAAGCUAUUGCAUUCAACAAGCACUACCAGAUCAAUGAUAUAUACAGCUGCAGCUGGGGUCCUGACGAUGAUGGUAAAACAGUUGACGGCCCUCAUCAGCUAGGAAAGGCCGCACUGCAGCAUGGAGUAAUUGCUGGACGCAGGGGAUUUGGGAGUAUUUUUGUGGUUGCCAGUGGUAAUGGAGGCCAAUUUAAUGAUAACUGUAACUACGACGGAUACGCUAACUCCAUCUAUACUGUUACCAUAGGUGCCGUUAAUGAAGUGGGCAGAAUGCCUUUCUAUGCAGAGGAGUGUGCAUCAAUGUUAGCAGUGACCUUUAGUAGUGGUGACAAAUUAAUGAGGAGUAUUGUGACAUCUGACUGGAAUCUGCAGAAAGGGACUGGCUGCACUGAAGGUCACACUGGGACUUCUGCAGCUGCACCUAUUGCAGCCGGAAUGAUAGCUUUGAUGUUGCAGGUCCGGCCAUGCCUGACAUGGAGGGAUGUCCAGCAUAUCAUUGUGUUCACAGCUACCAAGUAUGAAGAUCGUCAUGCAGCCUGGGAAACCAAUGGAGCUGGCUUUAGCCAUAGUCAUCAGCAUGGAUUUGGCCUGUUAAAUGCUUGGCGUCUCACCAAUGCAGCUAAAAUAUGGGAGUCGGUACCCUAUUUAGCUUCCUAUAUCAGUCCUGUGUUUAAAGAGAACAAGCAGAUCCCACUUGUGCGCAAUACACUUGAAGUAAACUGGAAUGUAACUGCUGCUGACCUCCGCCUCUCUGGAAUGAAGACACUAGAACAUGUAGCUGUAACGGUUACUAUUGCACAUCCACGCCGUGGAAAUCUAGAGAUUCGUCUGUUCUGUCCAAGUGGCAUGUCCUCUCUUAUUGCAGCCUCUCGUAGAAGUGACAUGGACCCAAAUGGUUUCUCAGAGUGGACAUUUUCCACAGUCCGGUGCUGGGGAGAGAGUGCAGAAGGAACGUACAGAAUGGUGGUUACUGAUACAGGUGAUGAGUCUCUUCGACCUGGUAUUUUACAGCAAUGGCAAUUAACGCUUUAUGGAUCCUCCUGGGCCUCUGAGGAUGUAGCAGAAAGAAGGAGGGUGGUUGAAGAUGCACAAAGUGGUAAAUUUCUAAACAGUAGUUUUUCUCUUCCUUGUCCUCCCGGCCUUGUGAUCGCUGAACAGGAAGGCUAUAUCAUCACCAACAACACCCUUCGGACAUUGUUGCUGUUGGGCUGUUUUGCUGUAUUCUGGUCCCUCUAUUACACAUUGGAGUUGUACUGGUCUCAGGGUUCUAGCGACGGUGAUUUGGAUCUGAAUUGUGAGGGAACAAACUGCAGCUGGUCCUGUUCCAAGGGAACCCCAAGCCCACAAGAGCUAGAGGCAGGCAGUGAGUCAGUGCCCUUGUUUGGGGUGGAGCAAGAGGAAGAGAUUGAGGUCACCUCACCCCUCAUGUAUCAUACCUCAAUGCCAAGCAGAACACAGAGUCCUACAGAUCUCAGACACUUGACCUCUGAACUCUAACUACAGAAAGGCUGGAGCACGCAGAACGCCUGUGACCCUGAUAUGACUGAAUGUGGCAUAAUGAAUGUUGAAUGCAUAAUCAUGUGAUAAUGUGAUGAAAGUCUCAGAAAUAUACUUGGUUUUCAUUUUUUUUUUUCCAUAAUGGUGAGAGCGCAAUGACUUUGAAGUGUACACUAUUUUAUAAGUAAUCUCUUGCAUUGGUACAUGCCUUCCAUCAAUAUGCCAUUCAGAAUCUCUUCAUGCAAGAAGUGGAAGGUGGCUGUGCUUUCACUGAGAGGUUAUUUAUAUAUCAGCUUCCAUAACAUGAUACAGUUUGUCUCUUAAUUUUUGUCUUGUCAAAAUUGGCUAUAUUUGCUAGGGAUGCAGCCAAUGCAGGAUUCUGUCUUUUUCAGCAGGAUUCGGUCGAAUCCUUGUGCCUGGCGGAACCGAAUCCUAAUUUGCAUACUCUGGAGCAUAUGCAAAUUUGGGGUGGGAAGGGGAAUCAUGUGAUUUAAUCCCACAACAAGGAAGUAAAACAGUUUUUCCCACUUUUGACUUUCCGGCCUAUAAUUUGCAUAUGUAUAUGUAAAUUAGGAUUUUGGUUCGGUAUUCAGCCGAAUCUUUCAUGAAGUAUUCGGGGAUUCCGCCAAAUCCAAAAAAGUGGAUUUGGUACAUACCUAAUAUUUGCACCUGAGGAUGGUCAGAAUUCACAGUUUUUUUGUGGGUUUUUUGCCUUCUCACGCGCUGCUAUAUCUGCCCGGAGCCUGAUCAUACCUUGUUAAGAUGCCAUAUUUACUUAACUAUGGUUUGUAUACAUGGAGUGCGGUAUUAACAGCUCAGCACAAAUGUUGCGGUUUCUUAUUGCAACAUUAUUGUGCAGCCACACCAUCACCCAUGCUAGGUAAAUCAUACGUGCUACUCAUAGUUUUUACAUUUACCAGCAAAAGUGUUCGGCAGUGUCACACGGAUGGCACAUUUUGGCAGUAUUGCCUGUUCUAAGAUGGCAAUGCUGUCUCGGAUAGAUAUAUAUCAAUGGCUUCUGUGAGGUUUUUCAGAGCCACCUCUCCCAUAUACAAUAGCCCUAGAGGUAUGUAACUUGAUCGUUAUGGCUGCAGCAUUUAGUGAGUGGCAUCUCUUGGUGCGAAGCUGUAAAAGAGCUGGCUGCCUUGCUCCAUGAAGAGCUUCUUGCCAAUACUAGUCGAACAUCUGCAGUAAUUUGAUUGGUUGACAUUAGCCUCAGACUAUUCCAUCACACAACUUUGUAGGAAGCGUCAUGAGGUGAAAGUUGUGCCUGAUAACGAAUGGAAAAGAGAUGAGUUGACCCACUACAACAUCACUUUCCAAUACAUUUAAAUAUCUCUGAGUCUCUGUGUUAUGAAAUUGCACCUGCCACAUGUAAAUUAUAUCAGGGACUGGCAUGAACUGCCUUUUAAUUGUUUCAAAAGUUUGGACAAAUAUUCUGUUAAAAUUCUAAUAUAAUUAUUUUUUUAAUACGGGUGAUAAUCUUUGAAUAAUAUUUGAAUUGCUGCUGUUUGGGACUUGGUUUUUAAAUGCUCUAUCUGCGAUAAUAUGGCAUGGAUGAAGAAGGAAAGCGAGGAGUUAUGUCUCCAGAUUUCUCACAUUUCUCCUUUUUUAUUUGAACACUUUUGUAAAUGUUUCACCCCCAUUGGGGUCUGAGGAGCCUGCUAGAUUUAGCAGGGGAUUCUGCUGGUCUCAGUUCAUGAUCUGUUUACAUUAUAUUUUUCUUCUGCAUUGUUUGGGGGGGGGGCUUCUUUUACUAUUUAUUGGUUUUUCAAACAUUUUAUGAAUUCUAAAGAUUUUCUGUCUGAAAAUAUUCUAUACGUGGAAGCAGGGGUUUUGAGAAUGUAACAACUGUAUGCAGCCAUGUUUUUAAAUAUGACAUACAUUUAGGGCAAUGGCACAAAGGGAGUUUUCCCACCACGAUUUUUUUAAUGAGCUAAAACAUCUAAAAUGGCCCCUAUGAGAAUCCCCUGAAAGCUUUAGCACCAGUACUUUGAGCCAGUUCUUUCCUGAAACCACAGCAGUUCACAUGUUUGGGAUGCUAAACAAUGUGGAGGGAAAACAUGUGCCAUUGCUCUUAUUGGUGGAUUAUAAUAAUACUGGUGACAUGGAAAAGGCCUUCUUGUCCUAAAACCAUGUAAAUUUGUUCUACUUACACCGUACAAGUCCUAUCUAUUAUCCAUUUCCGCUAAUAGUACAAUAUAGUAUGCUCAAAAAUGACUGCCACAAGCUUACCCAAUAAAGCAUCUUAUUCCAUUUCUUUACAAAUACACUUUAUCUAUAAUAUAUAUAUAUAUAUAUUGAUCCUAGGGGCAAAGUCAUGAUGAAAAUGCAAUUGCAAUCAUAUAUGCCUUUUUUUAUCAUGGGGCUCAUGUUUCCCCUGUCCCAUUUGAACCAACUUUUUAUUCCCCCCUCCCCCAAACAUGUUUACCCUAUUCUCCAUCAGGCUCUUAAUUCCUGCUUCCUUCCCCUCUCUAUCAUUUGCUGCUAUGGAUUACAACCGUAGGCAUUGUUUUAUGGACACAUGGACUUUUCUUGGAAAUGGGGAUUCAUCUGGACCAAAAAAGGCUUACGUACACCUGUAUUAUUUAUAGGGAUAUUACAAUUAAUUGACAAAGCCUGCCAGUAAUUAUAAUAAUAUUAUCAUUCCAUUAUUCAGUCCCAUAGCUUGAUUUUGUUUGCCAAUGGAAUGAGAGCCAGGUGUGAGUGUGUGUUGGGGUGUUUGGCUAUGGAGGGAAUGGUGAUUUAUUUUUUUUUUCUAUGCGCAAUAAAUGGAUUUACAUUG